UGAAUUUCAAAACUGCCGAAGGCCUCACUUUACUCUCUCUCUCUCUCUCUCUCUCCUUGAAGUAUCAUCUUCAUCUGUUCCUUCUUCCCUAAAUAUUGGAGGCAUAUUUGUAUUUCCUUGUGGAUUUUCCAUAUUCUUUCCAAUUGUUUGAGAAACUCUCUGGAAUGGACGACGAGUACGCAAAGCUUAUCAGGAGGAUGAACCCACCCAGGGUUGUAAUUGACAACGAUUCUUGUGAGGAUGCAACUGUCAUCCAGGUUGACAGUGUCAACAAACAUGGAAUUCUCCUAGAAGUUGUCCAAGUUCUUACAGAUUUGAACCUUGUCAUCACAAAAGCAUACAUCUCAUCUGAUGGUGGAUGGUUCAUGGAUGUGUUCAAUGUUAUUGACCAUGACGGGAACAAAAUUAUAGAUGUUGAAGUCAUCAAUCACAUCCGAAUUACACUGGAAAGUGAUGCCUUCUUCGUACCAUCAUUAAGAGGGUCUGUUGGAUUGAUGCCCUCUGAGGAGCACACCUCAAUUGAACUAACCGGAACAGACAGACCUGGUUUAUUGUCUGAAGUAUGUGCAGUUCUUGCUGACCUUCAUUGUAAUGUGGUGAAUGCUGAAAUAUGGACACAUAAUGCCAGAGCUGCAGCUGUUGUUCAUGUGACAGAUGAUGAUACAGGGUGUGCAAUUGACGAUCCAAAGCGGCUCUCCACAAUAAAGGAAUUGCUUUGUAAUAUUCUUAAGGGAAACAAUGACUUGAAGACAGCAAAAAUGACACUUUCACCUCCUGGCCUUACACAUAGGGAGAGAAGAUUACAUCAGAUCAUGCUUGCUGAUCGGGACUAUGAAAAGGUUGACAAAUCUGAACGUGGGAGAAUUGACGAUAAGAGCUCAAGACCUCAUGUGACAAUAUUUGAUUGUAUUGAAAAGGAUUACACAGUGAUUACCAUGAGGUCAAAAGACAGGCCUAAGCUGUUGUUUGAUAUUGUCUGCACUCUAACUGACAUGCAGUAUGUAGUCUUUCAUGGAGUUGUUCACACUGUGGGGAUGGAAGCUUAUCAGGAAUACUAUAUUCGACAUGUUGAUGGGGUCCCUAUAUGCUCAGAAGCUGAGCGAGAACGCGUCAUGCAGUGUCUUGAAGCCGCCAUUGAAAGGCGAGCCUCUGAGGGGAUGGAGCUAGAAUUGUUUACAGAAGAUCGGGUUGGACUCCUGUCAGAUAUUACCAGGAUCUUCAGGGAGAACAGUUUGUGUAUUAAAAGAGCAGAAAUUUCAACAAAAGGAGGGAAAGCCAAAAAUACUUUCUAUGUGACGGAUGUGUCUGGUAAUCCAGUUGACCCUAAGACAAUUGAUUCAAUUCGUGGACAGAUUGGACCAAGUAUACUGCAUGCUAAAAUGAACUAUAGCCCUUCCCCAAAUCCUCCCCAAGAGAAGAAAGUGAGCUACCUCUUUGGGAACUUCUUUAAGGUUCGAAAUUUUCAGAAUUUGAAAUUGAUCAGAUCCUAUUCUUGAUAAAUGCAUCCCAAUUUAGUGUCAGAACUAGAAGCCAUGUAGAUAUGUCCGCUCUUCAACUAAAGAAGAAAGAAUACGAAGGGGUUAAGGACAUUCUGAAUAGGUAUCUCCUUUUCCCCUAGUGCAGGGAGUGUGUAAUGUGUUGUCCUGAUAGUGAAUAGAAGAAAUCAAGAAACCAUCAGAUACUGUAAAAAUUACUCAAAGAUCUAGUCUUCGUAUAUCAUUAUGUGCUGUAAGUAGACCAUGUACAGUGUGAUAUUACUUGAAUUGUAUAGCAAAGAAAGACGAAGAUUGUACAGACAGUUGAAGAAAUGUCUAUGUAUAUAAAUGUGCAGAUUGUAUAUGGUAUGUAGUAUUAAGUGUAUAUUCUGUUGGCUUUUUGUCUGCAGAGUUGAUUUUGCAGAUGCUUGGUAUGUAGUAUUUGGUGUAUUCUGUUGGCUUUUUGUCUGCAGAGUUGAUUUUGCAG